ACCCAAAUUCAACACGACCACAUUGCAGUCAACAUGAAAAAGCGAAAGUACACCCUCUCGGUCCCUCCUGAUGAUGAUGACCAUGGCAUUAGUAGCAUCGUUCCACCUGAAUAUAUCAUCUAUUUUUCUGGAUUUUUGGAUUUAUUUGGAGUUAGUAUGAUAUUACCCUUAAUUUUACCGCAAGCUAGAGAUCUGGGUGCUUCAUCAACAUUGGCAGGAAUAUUAGGUUCAGUAUAUGGAAGUAUGCAGCUGUUUUCAGGACCCAUAAUAGGAAAUUGGAGUGAUUCAAUAGAUCGUCGAAUGAGUUUAACAUUGGUACUAUUUCUAUCAGCAGUUGGUUAUGGUUUAUUAGGAAUAGCGACAUCUAUAGCCAUGAUGUUUCUGGCAAGACUUCCACUUGGUAUAUUUAAACACAGUCAGGGUAUAUCUAAAUCAUAUCUGGCAGAUUUUAUACCUGCACACGACAGAAAUACUGUUCUUGGCCAUUUUAAUGCAGCUUCAAGUAUUGGUUUUAUCCUUGGACCAAUGGUCGGAGGACAUAUAGCCGAGCUACCUGGUGGUUUUAACAUGGUCGGACUUUUAUCGGCUUUUAUAUUCAUUUUAAACAGUGGUUUGAUAUGGUUGACCUUGCCAUCUGUGAAACCUUCACAUCAUCUUAAUUUAGCCAGAGAAGACUCAGUUACCUCCCUUAAAAAACUCAACUCUGAUGAAAUCAAUUUUAGUCCACGCUUAUUUUUGGAUUCCUUAAAACAAAUUGAUUGGAAAGAUUUGUGGGAUUGGUUUUUGAUCAAAUUCUUGAUGGGAUUUUCCGUGAUCUUAUUCCGCAGCAAUUUUUCGUUGAUGACCAGAGAAAAAUAUGGCGUUGGUGCCAUGAUGAAUGGAUAUUUAAUGUCAUUCAGUGGUGCAACAGCAUCACUUGCAGGGUUUUUUGUUGGAAGGAUUUCAAACCGUUAUAGAAAUGAUUAUAAAUUGAUCAAACACAUGUCCCUUUUAUUAACAUUUACCUUAUUAGGACUGAUAACAUCACCUAAUAUGUGGAUUUUAGUGAUGUUUUUGCCAAUUUUGAGUCUUGCAACAUCUGUUUUAAGAGUAGCGACAACAUCGUUAACGAUAGAGCGAGGUAAAAAUCAAGGUAUUGGCGCCACAAUUGGACUACAUCAGAGCAUAAUGUCCAUAGCCAGAAUGUUGUCCUCUGUUAUAGCAGGUGUUUCUCUGGAAUUCAGCAACUCUGGACCUGGAAUUCUUGCUUUGUUUUCAAGUUGUGUAGCUUUAAUACUGCUAAUAUUACGACCUCAGGAUGCAGCCUCAAAGAGGAAGAAAAAUAACUGAUUACUGUAUGCCACGCUAUUCUAAACAAUUUGUCAACAACAAAGUCAUCUAAGCCUUCCCAUUGGUUUAUUUACUAGCAGCAUAAUACUAACCAUCAGGGAUCUUGAUUUAAUUAUAUUUCCCAGUCUUGACUGAUGGACAUUGAAAUUGACCAACUAGUGUUCUCACCUGUCAGUCAGUCUAUUUACUUACAAUUAAAUUACAAUUUCAAAGAAUUUAACCUGUGUUUUACGGGGUAUACUGUUUUUUUGGACCUUCAUCCAUAGAUAAGGCUAUGCAGUGUAUAAGACAAAUGUUUUUCAAUAUGGCAGCAAUCUUUUACAGUCCUUCACAUUUAACGUGUGCUUUCGUCUUGCGCCUGUCGACGCACCUCAACUUAUCUUCAAUACGCUUGCAAAUUAGCUAAAUCGCUCCCUAAAUAUUGAAAUUCAUAAACUACCAUACUUUCAGUUUUUUUUUUAUUUUUAAAACUGCGUAUAUUUUCCAUGUUUCCAUGGUAAAACUAGGGCUACCAUAAUUCUUCACCAAACAUAUUGACCUUUGUUUUCAUUCUGAUAUUGAAUGCUAAUGUAAGGCUUGUUUUAAUUGUAUAGAAGUCUGAAAUCAACCAAUAGAAUACAAUGUUACUUUACAGUCUAAUAUAUCCUAAUUUGAAAGGAAGGUUUUGUAAUUUUCAGUUUGUUACUAGAGGCAAAGACCUAUAUUUUACAAAUUUUAUUCAGUUUUAGUAAUUGUUGAAGGCUUUUUAAUUGUGGGGCUUUCAAAGACCUAUGGUUUCUAUUGUAAUUUGGAAGGAAGGUUUUUAAUAGUGACAAAGACCUAUGAUUUCCUAUUGUAAUUUGGAAGGAAGGUUUUUAAUAGUGACAAAGACCUAUGAUUUCUAGUUGUGAUUUGGGAGGAAGGUUUUAUUAUUAUGUUUUAUCUAGUUGCCAUGACAUGUUUUCUCCAUUUUCAAAGACUUAUGAUUUCCAAUUGUAAUUUGGAAGGAAGGUUUUGUAAAUGUUAGGUGUUACUAGUUACACUGUACAAAGACCUGUGAUUUCGAAGAAUGUUUUGUAAUUGUGAAGUUUAUUUACUAGUUUCAAAGACCUGCAAUUGUUAUUUUGAAUGAAACUUAUUGAAGAUUUUGUAAUUAUGGGGCUAUCACUUAUGACAAAGACCUAUGAUUGUUCACUAGUGAGAAAGACUGUGAUUUCCAUUUGUAAAUUAAGGCAAUCUAUUAUUGUCAGGUGCGAAUCCGUGUUGGGGGGGGGGGGGGGGCACCCCAUUGAGACUGGUCAUCACUGUUCAGACCAGCACCUGCUGCCAGCAAUGGGAUUCCCAGAUUUUAGUUUCUGUUUAAUGAGGCCGCGACAAAGAUUCUGGGGACUACACCAAACCACUAAUGCAUGCAGCACUCUGAUUAUUACCCUUUGCUCCAAUGUAUGCCCCCCCCCCCCCCCUCGACAAAAUCCUGGAUCCAAGCUUGAUUAUGGGGGAUUUAGUGGUAGCAAAGACCUAUGAUUUCCAGUGGAGAUUUGGAAUGAAGGUUUUUAAUUGUCUACAAUGUAAUCAAUUUAAUUUUUUAAAAAAUGUUUUAGCAUUUAUUUUAUGUACAAAUUGUUAGAAAUUAAUGCAAUUAUGUUUUGUAUUGAUAGAGAUUUAAGUAGUGGCAAGAACCUAUGAUUUCCAAUUGAGAUGUGGAAGGAGAGUUUUGCUAUUUAAAUUGUAAUGAAAUUAAAUCUUUUUAAAACCUAAUUUUGCAUUUAUUUUAUGUAUUUACUUAUUCUGAAUGCAAUUAUUAAUAAGGUAUUGACGCUAAAAGUAGUUAGGAUUUUAGUAGUGGCAAGACGUAUGAUUUCCUGUUGAGAUUUGGAAGGAGAGUUUUGCAGUUGUCUGCUAAUAAUAUACUACAUGUAUAAUCCUUGAGUGGCAUUUAGUGAUUGAGCACAUUAAAAAACACAACACAAUUUAUAUGGAAAACAAUCACUGGUUUAUACACAUAUAACACAAUGUUUCGACAAGUAUUCUUUUAUCGUUAUCAUUUGUACUUGAUAACCACAAGAGAAUACUUGUAGAAACAUCCUGCUAUAUGUGUAUAAACCAGUGAUUGUUUUCCAUAUAAAUUGUGUUGUGUUUAUUAUACUACAUGUAUUUAUAAUGUAAUCAAAUUAACUUUUUCAAAAACAUGAUUUUGCAUAUUCUGAAUGCAAUUAUUUAUUUGGUAUUGAUGCUAAAAGUAGUUGGGAUUUUAGUAGUGGCAAGACCAAUGAUUUCCUAUUGAGAUUUGGAAGGAGAGUUUUGCAGUUGUUUGCUAAUAAUAUAUUAUUUAUAAUGUAAUCAAAUUAUUUUUUUAAGAAAAACUUGAUUUAGCAUUUAUUUUAAGUACUUAUUCUGAAUGCAAUCAUUCUUUUGAUAUUAACCCUAAAAAUAGUUGGGAUUAUAAUAGUGGCAAAGACCUAUACUAUGAUUUCCAGUUGAGAUUUGGAAGGACGCUUUUAAUAUAGUGAAUUUUUUAAAAAAAAUUGAUUUCUGAUUUAGUUUAUGUACAAAUUGUGAGAGAUGGAUGCAAUUAUAUUUUGUAUUGCUCUUGAAAUUAGUAGUGGCAAAGACCUAUGAUUUCUAGUUGAGAUUUGGAAGGAUGGUUUUCUGUCUAGGCCUACCAGUAAUAAACCAAUUACAGUUUAAUCAAAUUAAUUUCACAAUUAUGAUGGAUAAAUGCAAUUACAUUUUGUAAGGACACUGAACUUUUUUUUAUCCAUUUAAUAUAUUUCAAUAUACAUUAUUUAUCACCAAUGAUUCGGUCUGUAUUAACGGGAAUAGUAAAGUGACACGUAGCAAUCCCAGCUCUACAGGGGAAGCGAUAUGUGUGUGUUGGUUUGAACAAAUGGUCAACCACUGAGUCGCUGUUACAAAAUAUGACAUAUUUAAACACAAUUUCUCAUAUAUUACAGAGAUGUAAUACAAAUUAUUAUAACAAGUUAGUUAAGAACUGCUCUAAACAAUGUUUCUAAAUACCUGGUUCCUUGAAAGACUUAAUUGCUAUUACAUUGAGUUAUAUACUGCUCUUAGACUGCCUCAAAUGUGGUUGUAUAAAGUAAAUUGUUCAUCAUUCCAGUAGCAAAAUGAAAUAAACAUCUAGACAGUUAAAAAUUAUUUGAGGAAAUUUCACUCAAUUGAAUUUUCCCAAAGUGGCCUGGACUCUUGACUAGACCUUGUCUAUGAGUAUGACUGGGUUUAUGAUAAUAUUUGUCAAGAGAGAUUAGUAAUAUCCACAGAUAUUGAUGUGUAAGGAUAAUUUUAUUAUCGUUCAGUCUUUGUUAUGAUUUUGUAUCAUAUUUCAAUUUGUUUAUGAUUUUUUAUCAUCUUUCAAUUUGUUUAUAUAAUAUUUUAAGGGAGAUUAAUAUAUUAACCAGAUUGUUAUAAGAAUUCUGUAAUAAACUAUUCAUUUUAUGUAA